UGCGCACUAGUUUUAGCAGAAUGGCUGUGUUUCUGUUUUGCUGAAUGUGUGUUGUUUACUACGCCAAAAGCAAACUGCAAAAAGAGCUCAGUUCCUGAAUUCGCGAGUCGGAUUUCGCGCGAGAAGUUUCGCGGUCAACUUCUCAACUCUUCCUACUGUUCGAAAGCCCACAGGCGCUCUGCAGGACGAAUACUCGCAGAUUUCUUUCGAGUCGUAAUCCGGCUGAAGGCACGGCCGGUCCGGAAUGGCGUUGGAUUUUGGAGAUGAAACCUGGAAAAAAUGGGACAGUGCCGGGCGUUCCGACUUUAUCGGAGCGGUAAAAUCCGUCCUCUCCGAAGAGUCCGACGACCGUCUUGAAAAAGCUGGAAAAGCAAUAUGGGAGCUUGUUAUGCGUGGCCUUGAUGGCACCCUACGAAGAGAAUCAAUAAGUUCAACUAUUGGAGAAAUUUUGGCUUCCAACCCUGCAGCUGCAGGUGUUAUCACUGACGUUUUGAAUGUUGUUGACAUAGAAACGGCUUGUGAAGGUGACUCUGCCAAAAGGGACAAGUUUUACGCUAUUACGAGAGAUGCUGAACAGCACUUGAAUGAAAAGCUAAUGAAGGAGAGACUAGAAAUUGAAACGCUUCAAGAAGUUGGCACUGUAAAGAAUAAAAGUUUCUACACACGAUUUAUCAAGGUCAAAACGAAACUUUACUACAAGCAACGCAAGUUCAAUCUUCUUCGGGAAGAAAGUGAAGGCUAUGCCAAAUUGAUCACUGAACUUGGCCAGGAAAUCUCCGAUGAAGUUACUCCAGAGAUCAUUUUGGAGGUAAUCAAGUCGUUGAUUGGCUGCUUCAACUUGGACCCAAAUCGCGUAUUGGACAUCAUCCUCGAGUCCUUUGAAUGCCGUCCACAGCAUGAUGAGUUUUUUAUACCGCUUAUUUGCUCCUACAUGGGAGACAGAAAAAUAUUGAGUGAAGUUCUUGGCUACAAGUUUACUUUAUACCAUUCUGGACUUGGAGAGACGGAAAAAUCGGACAGUGAGCCUGUUUACACGCCAACUUCUCUUUACACCGUCACAGCUUUGAUGCUGAAACACGACGUUGUCAGCUUAGAUGAUAUAUAUGGAUGGCUUUUGCCAGAAGACAAGCAGAUAACAUCAGCUUGGGAAAAAGAGAUGGCCGAUGCCAAAGAGUACGUCCGAAAAUUGAACAUCAUUUCAACCAAGGACAAAGAAGAGACUCCAGAGGAACCAGAGCCACCUUGCCGAAAGGUCAAUGUGAAUCAGAAGUUUGGCUUGUGCGAGGCUCUUUGCAGAGUGGGGGCCUGGUCACAUGUCCAAAAGCUGUUCGAUCGCAUACCCGAGACGUGCCUCAUGUCACAGCCCUCUGUGGCCUUGGCGUUGUGUGAGCUUUUGAACAUCCUGGUCGAUCCUGUUUAUAGAAAAAACUUGGGAAGUUUGUCUGGUGUUGUAAAGCAGUCAUUGAAAAUCUCAAAAUCGAUUCAGAAAUCGCCUGCACCUGCACAAACCUUUGCAGACAUGAAAGAGGUCAUCAUACCCAUGCUGCUGUCGUUAGGGCCUUCCCUGCAUCUCGAUCCUGUGCUCUUGUGCAAAAUAAUCAGAUUAUCAAAAGCAUCACUAUCAAACUCUGGUGGGAAAAAAGAAAACGUCCAGAACAAGAUCAUGUAUUUUGAUGUCAUCACUCUGCUUGAUGAAGUGCUGCUUCCAUCUCUCUCGUACAUGGAGGCAAACUGCAGUAUUGCUGAGGAGAUCUGGAGUCUCCUAAAGUUGUUGCCUUACCAACAACGCUACUGCCUCUACGUCAGGUGGAAAAAUGAGUCUCAUUCUAAACACCCGACUUUGAUGAUCAAGCGAGGGGAUGCACUCAAGAAAAUCAAAAACAUAAUGAAGAGAGUCAGCAAAGAAAAUGUCAAACCAGUUGGCAGGUCCAUAGGAAAGCUGACGCACAGUUCGCCUGGUUUCUUGUUUGAUUACGUUGUGACCCAGAUUCAGGUGUACGACAACUUGAUCAUUCCCGUUGUUGACUCGUUAAAGUAUUUGACCAGCUUGUCGUAUGAUGUUCUUGGCUGUUGCUUGGUUGAGGCUCUUUCUCAGGCAGACAAGAAACGUUUCAAACAUGAUGGCACAAGUAUCUCUUUAUGGCUACAAAGCUUGGCAAGUUUUUGCGGUGCCGUCUUCAAAAAAUAUCCCAUUGAUUUGGCUGGACUGCUUCAGUACGUUGCAAAUCAGCUGCUAGCACAGAAGAGCUUGGAUCUUUUGAUUGUGAAAGAAAUUGUUCACAAAAUGGCUGGAGUUGAGGCCGCAGAGGAACUGACUUCAGAUCAGUUGGAGGCCAUGUGUGGAGGAGAGCUAUUGCGAGGAGAGGCUGGCAACUAUGGCCAAGCAAAAAAUACCAAAAAAUCAUCAACUCGACUGAAGGAAUCCCUCACUGAGCAGAAUUUGGCUGUGGCCCUGUGCUUGCUGAUGGCUCAACAGCGGUAUUGCGUCGUUUAUAAAGAAACAGAGCAGAGUCAUCUCAAGCUUGUGGGAAAACUUUUUGAUCAAUGUCAAGACACUUUGGUGCAGUAUGGUACAUUCCUUGCCGCAAGUCUGACCAUCGAAGAGUACAACUCCCGACUUCCACCCAUCAGCAAUCUCCUCUCGAAGUACUACAUCCAUUCUGAUGUUGCAUUUUUCUUGGCCCGACCCAUGUUCAACCAUGCCAUCAAUAACAAGGUUGACAACCUGAGAAGAGCCCAUCCAAAUAGCAAAAGCUUGACCGUGGCAGAGAAACAUGAGCUUUAUAUCGAAGCAUGUGAAAUUGUCCUGAAUCCAGUUGUAGAGUCUGUUCGACCUCUCCAUCCACCAAAAGUCUGGGAAGACAUUUCUCCCAACUUCAUUGUCACGUUCUGGUCGCUGACCUCCUAUGAUCUCUAUGUUCCUGUUGACGCUUAUCAAAGGGAGGUUGAUAAGAUGAAGCAAAUAGCUCAGCAGCAAGCAGACAGUAAGGAGGGAAGCUCUGGAAAAAACAAGCGAGAGCAAGAUAAGACGCUUGCUUUGGUCGAAAGAUUGCAGGACGAAUGGAAGAAACACAACGAGCACGUGGACAAAAUAAUGGCCAGACUUAAAAAGGAAAAGGACACAUGGUUUCUAUCCAGAUCUGCCAAGUCUGCAAAGAAUGAGACGAUCACUCAAUUCUUGCAGCUUUGUGUAUUUCCACGCUGCACUUUCACUGCCCCUGAUGCCCUGUAUUGUGCCAAGUUUGUUGAGGUCAUUCAUAGCCUGAAGACGACAAAUUUCACAACCCUCUUGUGCUACGACAGGAUAUUUUGUGAUAUAACCUACAUGGUGACAUCAUGCACUGAAAACGAAGCCAACCGCCUGGGCCGCUUCCUGUGUGCCAUGCUGGAAACUGUGACCCGCUGGCACAAAAAUAGGGAGACCUACGAUGACGAGUGCGCAAAUUUUCCAGGGUUUGUUACCAAGUUCAAAGUAAGCAACCAGUUUUCUGAUGCUAAUGACCACGUGGGAUACGAAAACUACCGUCAUGUUUGUCACAAGUGGCAUUACAAAAUCACAAAAGCGUUGGUCGUCUGCCUCGACUCCAAGGACUACGUUCAAAUCCGCAACUCCCUCAUCAUACUCAUCAAAAUCCUGCCGUUCUUCCCUGUCCUGGUUAAACUGUAUCACAUUAUUGACGCCAGAAUAGAGAAGGUGCGGAACGAGGAAAAGGACAAGCGCCAGGAUCUCUACAUUUUGGCUACCUCGUACAGUGGCCAGCUGAAGGCAAGAAGUUCAAAGAUGAUUCACGAGAAGGACUUUCACCUAGUUUCAGAAAAACGUGCUGGAGAAGGUGUUGCGACAAAAGUCGAAGUCAAUACAGGAGAAGGAUCAAAGAAGCCCGAAGCCAAUGGCACUACCAGUGACACCAAAAAGGUCAUCAUCACUGUUAGUAGCCACUCUGGUUCAAAGAGCUCUCGCAAAGUGGAAACUACCACCAGUCAGAGGAAAGAUGAUGGAGAGAGGAGGACCAAGGAACGAAGGGACCAAAGGGAGUCUCCAAGUACCAACAAGUGGGACAGAGAAAAGUAUGACGAAGGAAGUAGCCGAUACAGAGACAAUGCUGAUGGCGAAAUGAGCAGUCUAUCCAAUAGCAGUCCUUCAGCCUCUCGGUUGAGCCAAGAACCUGACCCAGAUGCUAAGAGGCGCAAAACUGAAUCUUCCGCGAAGAGGUCAGAAGCUGACGAUAAGGCCGACAAGAAAGAAAAAUCCAAGGCAAAGAGCAGUCGGGACGAAGACAAAGAUGCCAGGAAGGAAAGAAAAACUAACCGGAAAAGGCAGGAGAGAACUGAUGAGGGAGCCACGACGUCGGAAACAACAAAACGCCGCAAAGAUGAUGAGAGAAGUAGUAAAGCCCAGAAUGGGGACCAGGACAGGCCGAGGUUCAGCAGGGAGCGAUCACCUUACAGCAGAGAGCGAUCAUAUGAUGAGCGGGACAAACAAUAUCCUUUUCACUGUUAAUUAGUAUAAUAUUUUAAAAUUCUUUUUUAUAAUAUUGCCUAUUUGUCUUCAAAUUCACUUUAUUUAUAAUUGUCAUUUGCCAUAUUUUCUUUGACCAAAUGAUUACCAGACGCACAACUGAGAGUAAGAGUCGGAGAUGAUGUCCAUCUGAUGGCGAUGAAAUAUCUGUAGAGGAAUCUAUUUGGAAAAACAAUUGAAAAAAUAUAACUUUUUGCUUUUUUCACCCCA